UUGGAAAGCCACAGUGGUCAGCCCUGGUGACUGGAAAAAGGGAAACAUCACUCCCAUUUUUAAAAAGGGAAGAAAGAAAGAUCCAGGGAACUACAGACCAGUGAACCUCACCUCUGUUCCUGUGAAGAUCCUCCCAGAAGAUAUGCUAAGGGACAUAAAAGACAAGGAGGUGUAAAAAUGUCUGAUCAGAAAAAUAUCGUACACAGAACCCAUUGUAUUGAAAAACUGCUGUCUGAGAACAAUUUGCAAGAUAUUGAGGAUCAUCUUAAAGAACUUGAAGAUGUUGAUAUGACUGUAGAAUAUCUUCAGGGGACAGAAGUUGCCAAGGCUGUAUACAGAGUACUCAAGAGCUGCCCUUCCGGACGGUUGAAAAAGAAAGCAAAGCAGUUACUAUCAAGGUGGAAAGCACUUUACAAGAAUAACUGUGUUCAGUCAAUGCAAGUUAAACAGUCAGUUUCUCUGUAUGUGAAAGAGGAAAUUGAGUGUUGCGGUGUGGUUCCUAGAGAGCAGUUGCUGUCUGAAGGACCAUGUCAACAGGAGGCAUUAGGUGGUACUAGUUCCAACAUUUUGGUCCCAUCACAAACUGUUAAAAAUGUGGUAUGUAACAAUGCAGAAGGCAGUAUGAAUCAGCUUUCUUCUUUUGAGGAGCAACACACUGUUAAUGAAGAUUCUAAAUCUGUUGUUAAUGAAGCAAGUCUGCAGCAGGACCUAAUGAGAGCUCUUAGGUGUAAAUGUACAGAUCUUCUAUACAAAGCUUUGAUUGGUUCUGCCAAAGAUGAAGAAGAAACUGUUAAAUGUCUAGAGUUAUCUAAAGAAAUUGAAAAACAUAUUUUUGCUCUUCAUGCUAAAAAUGACAAAAAAUAUAAAAAUUGCAUCAGAAGUAAAAUCUCUAACCUGAAGAACCCUAAAAAUUGCCACUUGAAACAUAACCUUUUUACAGGGACUUUGAGCCCAAAGGCUUUUGCUGAAAUGACAGUGAUGGAAAUGGCCAGCGAUGAACUGAAACAGCUCAGGGCUCUGUACACAGAAUCAUCUGUUCAGGAACAUCAGCUUCCACAAGUUAUUAAUGGCACACAGACAAACAAAAUAAAGUGUAGGCGCUGUGAAAAAUUUGAUUGCACGGUCACUGUGAUCGCCAGAGGAACUCUCUUUCUUCCAAGUUGGGUGCGAAACACGAAUCCAGAUGAACAAAUGUUGACUUACGCUAUUUGUAAUGAAUGUGGAGAGCAGUGGUAUCACAGCAGAUGGAUUUGUUUGUAACACUGUCCCUCCUUAAUAAGUGGUUUGCAAACAUGGAUAUGAGAAGGUGACUCUGUUGAAACUUAUAACUUUAAAUUCUGUAUUGAUACUAUGUAGAUGCUGUCACUAAAAAGUGCAAGAUCAGUUUUAAAAAACUGGUAAUGUAUUUUUGAAGAUGACUUCAAUAAAUCUCUGUGGUUUUAAGUAAUGUACAUAUGUAAAGAAAUGAAAGAGUAGAGGGAAAAAAAUUGUGACAUGGUUACGCUAUAUCUGAGAGUGAAAUAUUCACUAGUAAAUCCAUUAAAAAUA